AUGAGUUCCCAGCAGCAGAAGCAGCCCUGUACCCCUCCUCCUCCACCCCAACAGAAGCAGGUGAAACAGCCCUGCCAGGUUCCACCCCACGAUCCAUUCGUUCCCAUUACCAAGGAGCCAUGCCAUCCCACAGUUCCUGAGCCAGGUCACACCAAGUUCCCUGAGCCAGCCCACACUAAGGUCCCUCAACCUGGCCAAACCAAGGUAAAAGAGCCUAGUCCCUCAACCAUUAUUCCAGGCUCAAGCCAGAAGACCAAGCAGAACUGA